GCGGACCUGCUUCGUUGUCGUCUUGUGACAGUAGGGCUCAGCAAAUUUGUAAACGUUACCGAGGGGGGGGGCUCAGUAUUGAGUGGGAAUCGCGUCAAACGCUCAAGAUGAUCCCAACCGAGGACGCGGCUGCAAGGAAGAGGGAGAUAGAGGAGAAACUAAAGCAGGAGCAAGAGACAUUGUCGUUCAUCAGGGAGAAUCUGGAGAAGAGCGAUCAGCUCACUAAGGGAAUGGUCUCCAUCCUGUCUUCGUUUGAAAGUCGUCUCAUGCAGCUGGAGAAUUCCAUCAUCCCAGUCCACAAACAGACGGAGAACCUGCAGAGGCUGCAGGAAAACGUUGACAAGACCUUGUCCUGCAUGGAUCAUGUCAUCAGCUACUAUCAUGUAGCCAAAGACACCGACAGGAUCAUCAGAGAGGGGCCAACAGGCAGACUAGAUGAGUAUCUUGCCUGCAUUGCCAAGAUCCAGAAAGCAGUGGAAUACUUCCAGGACAACAAUCCUGACAGUCCUGAACUCAACACAGUGAAAGCGCGUUUCGAGAAAGGGAAGGAGCUGCUGGAAGCUGAGUUCCGCAGCCUGCUGACUCGCUACAGUAAACCUGUUCCACCCAUCCUGAUCCUGGAUGCCAUCAGUGUGGACGAGGAGCUGGAGGUCCAAGAGGAGGUGACGCUAGAACACCUACCUGAGGCUGUUCUCCAGGACAUCAUCUGUAUCUCCUGCUGGCUGGUGGAAUACGGACGCAAUCAGGAUUUCAUGAACGUAUACUUCCAGAUCAGGUCCAACCAACUGGAUCGCUCCAUCAAAGGCCUGAAGGAUCACUUUCGCAAGAACAGCGCCUCUUCCGGGAUCCUCUACUCGCCUGCGGUCCAAACCAAACGCAAGGACACGCCAACCAAAAAGGCUCCCAAGAGACCAGUCUACAUCCCAGGGACCAUUCGCAAGGCUCAGAACCUUCUGAAACAGUACUCACAGCAUGGGCUGGAUGGGAAAAAGGGGGGCUCUAACCUCACUCCUUCGGAAGGUUACGAUCAUGACCUACGGGUCAAACACCACUCUGAUGCCCUGACCGAGAAGCACGGGGCUGCAACAGGCAAGGACGAUGUUCUGGACAUCGAGAUCGACUCUUACAUCCACUGUAUCAGCGCCUUUGUCAAGCUGGCCCAAAGCGAGUACACCCUGCUGUCUGAGAUCAUCCCGGAGCAUCACCAGAAGAAGACCUUUGACUCCCUCAUUCAGGAGGCCCUGGACAACCUGAUGCUGGAGGGGGACAACAUUGUGUCAGCGGCUCGUAGGGCCAUCAUGCGCCAUGACUACUCGGCUGUCCUCACCAUUUUCCCCAUCCUCCGACAUCUGAAAAUAACUAAGCCCGAGUUUGACUCCACGCUUCAGGGCACGGCAGCAAGCACCAAAAACAAACUGCCAACUCUUAUCACCGCUAUGGAAACGAUUGGAGCCAAAGCUCUUGAGGAGUUUGCAGACAGUAUCAAGAAUGAUCCUGAUAAGGAGUACAACAUGCCUAAGGAUGGAACAGUCCAUGAACUGACCAGCAAUGCCAUCCUGUUCCUGCAACAGCUGCUGGACUUUCAUGAGACAGCUGGAGCCAUGCUGGCCUCUCAAGAAACCAGCUCAGCAAGCAGCUACAGCUCAGACUUCAGCAAGAGGCUCCUGAGCACAUAUAUAUGCAAGGUGUUGGGAAACUUGCAGCUAAACCUUCUCAGCAAAUCUAAAGUGUAUGAGGAUUCAGCGCUGAGUGCCAUCUUCCUGCACAACAACUACAACUACAUCCUCAAGUCCUUGGAGAAGUCAGACCUGAUCCAGUUGGUGACAGUGACCCAGAAGAGGGCUGAGAGUUCGUACCGAGAGCUUAUCGAGCAACAGAUCCAAAUGUACCAGCGCAGUUGGUUGAAGGUCACCGAGCACCUGACAGACAGAAACAUGCCGGUCGUUCAAGUGGGCACUAAGCUGAAAGACAAAGAGCGGCAAGUGAUCAAGGACAAGUUCAAAGGUUUCAAUGAUGGACUGGAGGAGCUGUGUAAGGUCCAGAAGGUCUGGGCCAUCCCAGACAAGAAGCAGCGGGACUUCAUCAGACAGGCGCAGAAGAAAGUAGUGUCCGAGGCUUACAAGGCAUUUUUACAGAGAUGCGCCAACAUCUCAUUCACCAAGAACCCGGAGAAAUACCACAAGUAUCGGCCGGAGCAGGUGGAGGAGAUGAUUGAAAAGCUGUUUGACACCUCUGCAUGAGGUCGACAUCCUAAAACCUGAAUUUCCCUCACACAGUUAAAGUGGACUGGAACUGAAACAUACUCUUUUACUGUAAACAUCCUUUGUUCCAGUAACAAGCAAGAUUCACCCUGCUGGUGUACCCAAUACUGCCCCCAUUGCCCCCUUUUGUACAAAAAUGAAGAUAAUGUAUUUAUAUGUAACUUAGCUGUUCCAACUGAGUCGAACAAAUAAACGGACUCUAUGAUUAACCU